AUCUGCUCACGUUUUCCUUUGAGCCCAAAAACAACAUGGUGGCCUUUUACAUCUUUGCUGGCACGGAGAUGCUCUUCUCUUUCUUCCUGUCGUACGGCAGCACAUCGGUGCGCUCGCACGUCGCUGUCCUCUUGAUGGGACGGCUAUCCCUUGCUCCUCCUCCAUAUAAGAACUCCUUUUCAAACCCUAGUCCUACUUCUUCCGCACAGCGCCGCCACCUGCUUGUCCCUCUAGCUAGAAGAGUACCCCGUCUCUACGUGCUCCCGCCCGCUCGUCUCCGUCCUCCCCCGGCCUCCCGACGUCAAGGCAAGUCUCCGUCGACCUCUGCUUCAUGCGCGUCUCUACACUACGCCGUCGUCCUCCGCAGCCAGCGUCGUCCCAUGUCCUGCUUCAACUUCCGCUCGAGCCCGUCGUCGUCAUCGUCUCCGUCGCGUCGGCCGGCCGCUCGUCAAGUUCUCCGUGCGUUGCCGUCGUCGUCGACGCCAACUCCACAUGAUCCUCGACCACCAAGGCCCUGCACCUCGCGUUCCCUUCGUUGUUCAACUCCAGCUCGCCCCGACGGCAGCCUUCUGGUACGGCUCGUCGCCACCAUGAUCUUCUCCACGAGCCGGACGUCUUCCUUGUCCCAGGGCCAACGCGACCAAACUCCGCCGCUCCUCUCUGUCGCGCGUCCGUGAGUCCGCCGCAGCGGGAACCUGGCACCCGCGCUUCUUCCUCUCGAGCGCGUCCACGUCGCCGGCCGUCUUCCGCGGCCGUGGCCUUCUCCGCUAUGUUAGCUUUUAAUCUUGAUUUUUGUAUCAGAAUGUUUUCUUAGUACCGCAUGUAGUUAGGUGCAAUCGUUGUAUUCAGUUUUAGAGCCAGCCGGGUAUACGUGAGAUACGUAUAAAGCAGGGGAGUAUCCAGCCGGAGGCGAGAUGCCGAGAUGGUGUCGUGCGAUGCAACAUGAAUGGCGAGACGAAGCUGUGGUACAAGAGCUGAAGACAACAUGCUGAAUAGGAAGUAGCUGGGCGAUCUGGUCAAGCUCGUGUUAGCCAUUUGCAUGUGCAUGUAGUGGCCUGAGUGAAUCGGUCAUAUGCAUGUAAUUAGCCUGUGGAGUGCAUGCGUGGGUUAUCUUGCUGGUGGCCUUGUGAAGAGGUCAAGUUAGUUAGUGGAUUAGUGGAGUAGUGGAGUAGUGGGUACGGUAGUGGACUAGUGGCGUGAGUUGCAUGGCAACGGUGCCAAACCUCUUGUAUAUAUACUGCAUUGAGUUAAUGAGAAAGGCAACGGUGGAAGAAACAAUGUAGCAUAUUUUGUCCUAGGGGAAGUGCCUCUCGGCAAAGCAAGUAGUGCUUCUCCUUAAGUGUGUGUGCGUGUGUUCUAGAGAAAGAAGCAGAUAGAUAGUUUGUGAGUGAGAGAGAAGUUGAGUGUUGAGAGAUGAGAGGUAGAAGAUGAAGAUAGGAGCUGCGAGAUGCAGCUCCAACAAUUGGUAUCAGAGCGAGAAGAUCUUGGAGCUUUCGGCGAUGGCGGUGCGAUGCCGCUGAAGCCGACGACGGUGGUGAUGGCAGACUCCACGAGAGGUGGAGGUCGCCGACGCGAGGUGAAGGUCGCCGGCGCAAGGUGAAGCUCACCGGCUGGUGGCGGUGCGAUGCUGCUACGAGCGGUGGCCAUCCCGACGUGAUGGGCGGAGCUACAUGGGGCACCGGCGCAUGGAGGCCGGGUGCAGCACCAUGUACGUGCGACGACCAUGUCGAGGUUGGCUGCUGAUGGAAGGUCUUGUGAGCACCGGAGGCAAGGUACGGUGGCCCGAUGGCGAGGAGAGCACGGGCGACGCACCAAUCUCCAUGAGAUGUGGAGGUCGCAGUGGUGGCAAGCUCCUUGAGAUGAGGAGGCGAGGCUGCAAGUGGCGGCAGACUCCGUGAGAUGCGGAGGCCAGUGUAGGUGUCCAUGGCUACCAUUGCAGGAAGGACCGUGUGAUGCUGAUGGUGAACACAAGAGGCGCUGCAAGAGGUUGCGGGUGAGCUGCAACGAAGAAUUUGGAAUCAAGAUUAGGGGGGAGAUUGUUAGCUUUUAAUCUUGAUUUUUGUAUCAGAAUGUUUUCUUAGUACCGCAUGUAGUUAGGUGCAAUCGUUGUAUUCAGUUUUAGAGCCAGCCGGGUAUACGUGAGAUACGUAUAAAGCAGGGGAGUAUCCAGCCGGAGGCGAGAUGCCGAGAUGGUGUCGUGCGAUGCAACAUGAAUGGCGAGACGAAGCUGUGGUACAAGAGCUGAAGACAACAUGCUGAAUAGGAAGUAGCUGGGCGAUCUGGUCAAGCUCGUGUUAGCCAUUUGCAUGUGCAUGUAGUGGCCUGAGUGAAUCGGUCAUAUGCAUGUAAUUAGCCUGUGGAGUGCAUGCGUGGGUUAUCUUGCUGGUGGCCUUGUGAAGAGGUCAAGUUAGUUAGUGGAUUAGUGGAGUAGUGGAGUAGUGGGUACGGUAGUGGACUAGUGGCGUGAGUUGCAUGGCAACGGUGCCAAACCUCUUGUAUAUAUACUGCAUUGAGUUAAUGAGAAAGGCAACGGUGGAAGAAACAAUGUAGCAUAUUUUGUCCUAGGGGAAGUGCCUCUCGGCAAAGCAAGUAGUGCUUCUCCUUAAGUGUGUGUGCGUGUGUUCUAGAGAAAGAAGCAGAUAGAUAGUUUGUGAGUGAGAGAGAAGUUGAGUGUUGAGAGAUGAGAGGUAGAAGAUGAAGAUAGGAGCUGCGAGAUGCAGCUCCAACACGCUACAGCGCUCGCCUCUGCCUCCGUUUCCCUGACGCGCGGUUUGCGCAACGUCGCUCCCUGGACAGAUCUCCUCCGCCAACGAAGGUCGACGUUCCAGGCGUUCUCGUCUCCGUCCGCUGCACCGAAGUCAGCUAACGUCGCCAUCACACCCUGCUGCUACCUCCGUUUGGAGCUGCUCGCCGGCGAGCGUAACGCCGCGUCCCUGCAUCUGCGAUGCCUUCGUGCAUGGCCAAGCCUCUCAGGCUUGGAAGCCAUCAAGUGCAGCACGUCUCCAUCUUUGAUACGAUCCAAUCAGCAGCGUAUAUGGUAUCUGUGCUUGUUUAAACAAACCUUGCUCCUCUUCGGUGAGAAAACCGGCACCAGCGUCGCCACAUCAGUCAGCAUCUCCCUGGCCCGCUUGUCAGCCCCUUGGGCUAGCUCUCUCGUCGCAUUUGUUCUUCCCGGAUAGGAUCGCGAAGUGGUGUUGUGAGAUACGACAAGUCCUCCGGAUGUUCCUCGGCAAGCUAUAACAGGCAAGCAUUUCCCCUAUGCCCCUGCAGAAGUCGCUCACCUAUUUUAUUUUGCCUUCUCCCUCAUGCUAUCCUUAAGUUGCGUUCUUGUCACGUGUCCCUUCCACUUGUUACCUCAAGCAGCCUAUAUUGCCUCCACCAACCUCCUACAGCUGUUGUUUGGUUAUCGGGUCUGCCUUGCGAGUCGUAGUGCAUGCUAGUGCUGUUUUAUCUCGUUACCGUUAUUGUUAUCUUAUCGGGUCAUAUGUUGGGAAGAAUCAUGGUUACUUUAGUUGUUGAUAAUUGUUUAGCGGAGGCAUCGGUGGGUCAGCUGCUCGUUUUGUGACGGCUCACUUGUGUUUCCUAAAUAUCUUAGGACCCCGAGUUCUUGUUA